CCUGCCCUCCCUUUACCCCUUCCUUCCCUCCCCAUUUACAAACACUUAAAAUUCUUGGGACGACCCUCCUGGUAGGUGGGACCCUCCUGGUAGAUGCUAACGUUUCCCCCGGAGAUCCUGAUUUGAGCCAGGUGAGAACCAUUGCCCAAGGGUAAUGCUCAUACCUGGCAGGAACUUGUUUUGCACCCUGGAGACUUCUCAGAGCUCUGAGCACCCGGGACCUCAGACUAGCAAUGCUGACAGCCUUUCCUGAGUGCUCACCACUGACAGGUACCCUUGCUGAGCUCAUUUGCAUUUCAUGUGCCAUCUCUCACUCUUCACAACAGUUGCACAGGGUAAAUCCAUCAUCCCUUUUUGAAACUGAAGUUAGAGAUUGGGUACUUUGCCUAAGAUAGACAGCCAGGGCACAGUGUAGCCAAGACAUAGGCCCUCGCAAGCCCAUUGCUCCUUAGCCUGCUAUCUACUGCCUUCUCUAAAAGGGGUGGUAACCCACCUCUGCCACCCCAUCCUUCAAUGUGAUGAUCAUCCACGCUGGCUCUCACAGCCUCAGAAGAUUCCCAGCACAACUUCUCACUUGGAAUGUAGAUGCCCCUAAAUCGGGGAUGAUUUGGGGGGGUGUGCAGGGCAGAAAGCAGAGCAAGCCCAGCUACUGGGGUGGGCAGGAUAAUGCUUGGGCAGGGUGUGGCUCUCCCAAGACCUCUACCUGUUUCUCUCUGCUGAUAACAUCUUUCCUCCCUCUGCGCUGGAUGGAGCCUCCUCUGUUUCUCUUCAUCUGAUCUCCUGUUUCCUCCUCUGGCUCUGGCGUUCCUGGCUCCUCUGACUACCUCUUCUUAAGUCUCCACCUCUUCCCUGUCUCACCUCAGCUUGGCCUCCGGAAUGCUCCCCGCUGCUGGGCCGUGAUCCAGCCCCUGCUGUGUGCUGUGUACAUGCCCAAGUGCGAGAAUGACCGGGUGGAGCUGCCCAGCCGAACACUCUGCCAGGCCACUCGAGGCCCCUGUGCCAUUGUAGAGCGGGAGAGGGGCUGGCCCGACUUCCUGCGCUGUACCCCUGACCACUUCCCUGAAGGCUGCCCGAAUGAGGUGCAGAACAUCAAGUUCAACAGCUCGGGCCAAUGCGAAGCGCCCUUGGUGCGGACCGACAACCCCAAGAGCUGGUAUGAGGACGUGGAGGGCUGUGGGAUCCAGUGCCAGAACCCGCUGUUCACGGAGUCAGAGCACCAGGACAUGCACAGCUACAUCGCCACCUUCGGCGCCGUCACGGGCCUCUGCACACUCUUCACCCUGGCCACCUUUGUGGCUGACUGGCGGAACUCCAAUCGCUACCCUGCCGUCAUUCUCUUCUACGUCAAUGCAUGUUUCUUCGUGGGCAGCAUUGGCUGGCUGGCUCAGUUCAUGGACGGUGCCCGCCGGGAGAUUGUGUGCCGAGCUGAUGGCACCAUGAGGCUUGGGGAGCCCACCUCCAAUGAGACCCUGUCCUGUGUCAUCAUCUUUGUCAUCGUGUACUAUGCCCUGAUGGCUGGCGUAGUCUGGUUCGUGGUCCUCACCUAUGCCUGGCAUACCUCCUUCAAAGCGCUGGGCACCACCUACCAGCCUCUCUCAGGCAAGACCUCCUACUUUCACCUGCUCACGUGGUCGCUCCCUUUCGUCCUCACUGUGGCAAUCCUUGCCGUGGCCCAGGUGGAUGGGGACUCUGUGAGUGGCAUCUGUUUUGUGGGCUACAAGAACUACCGAUACCGUGCUGGCUUUGUACUGGCUCCGAUUGGCCUGGUGCUUAUUGUGGGGGGCUACUUUCUCAUCCGAGGAGUCAUGACUCUCUUCUCCAUCAAGAGCAACCACCCGGGGCUGCUGAGCGAGAAGGCGGCCAGCAAAAUCAAUGAGACCAUGCUGCGCCUGGGCAUUUUUGGCUUCUUGGCCUUUGGCUUUGUGCUGAUCACCUUCAGCUGCCAUUUUUAUGACUUCUUCAACCAGGCUGAGUGGGAGCGCAGUUUCCGGGACUACGUACUAUGCCAGGCCAACGUGACCAUUGGGCUGCCCACCAAGAAGCCCAUCCCUGACUGUGAGAUCAAGAAUCGCCCAAGCCUCCUGGUGGAGAAGAUCAACCUGUUUGCCAUGUUUGGAACUGGCAUUGCCAUGAGCACCUGGGUUUGGACUAAAGCCACUCUGCUCAUCUGGAGGCGUACCUGGUGCAGGCUGACUGGGCAGAGUGAUGAUGAGCCCAAAAGGAUCAAGAAGAGCAAGAUGAUUGCCAAAGCCUUCUCCAAGCGGCGUGAGCUACUGCAGAACCCAGGCCAGGAGCUCUCCUUCAGCAUGCACACAGUGUCCCACGACGGGCCUGUGGCGGGUUUGGCUUUUGACCUCAAUGAGCCCUCUGCCGAUGUCUCCUCUGCCUGGGCCCAGCAUGUCACCAAGAUGGUGGCUCGGAGGGGAGCCAUAUUGCCCCAGGAUGUGUCCGUCACCCCAGUGGCAACUCCAGUGCCACCAGAAGAACAAGCCAACCUGUGGCUGGUUGAGGCAGAGAUCUCCCCAGAGCUAGAGAAGCGCCUGGGCCGGAAGAAGAAGAGGAGGAAGAGGAAAAAGGAAGUGUGCCCCCUGGGGGCGGCCCCUGAUCUUCACCAUGCCGCCCCUGCCCCUGCUCCUGCCUCUGCCACCAGUGCCAUUCCUCGGCUGCCUCAGCUGCCCCGGCAGAAGUGCCUAGUGGCUGCGGGUGCCUGGGGAGCUGGAGAAUCCUGCUGCCAGGGUGCCUGGACCCUGGUCUCUAACCCCUUCUGCCCAGAGCCCAGCCCCCAUCAGGAUCCAUUUCUCUCCAGCACCCAAGCCCCCAUGGCCUGGGCUCAUGGCCGCCGCCAAGGACUGGGGCCCAUUCACUCUCGCACCAACCUGAUGGAAGCGGAGCUUAUGGACGCAGACUCAGACUUCUGAGCCUGCAGAGAAAGGACCUGGGAUAGGAAAGAGGAACAAAUACCACCAAGACUCUUCUCUGAGUGCAUCUGUGGGAGCUUGUCUUCCGCAGAACCCGUGGGCCCUCCCCUGAGAGUUCUAUGUGUCCGGCUCAAAGCAAUGGGACUGUGCGAAAGAGCUGAACAUCUCCAUGGGUGACUUCACCCAGGGGUAGGGCCCUAGAGCUCAGGGUCCUCAUUUCUGCCUUAACGGCUGGAGUCUGGCUGGCAACACUGAUCUCCAGCAGAGCUUAGGGUGGGGCAGUAAUGGGAGAGUCUGGGGUGACCGUACCCAGAGUGGGCUAUGGUAGCUAGGGAGACAGCCAGAAGAGGGAUACUUGCCCUUUUCUGUGCCUAUGGGUACACUUUCCUGGUACUGUCAGACCAAAAGCGUUUAUUGUGUACUUUGUCUAAAGUGGGGUAAGGGCUCCCUUCUCUCUCUUCCAGAUGGUUGUGGGGCCCAAAAUGCCUACUGCUAUAGGGCUAUAAUCUGUCUGAACAGGAAGCUCUACCCAAACCUGUCUUCUAUUCUCCAGCACCCUCCGUUCCCUUUCCUAUCUCACUGCCACCAAGCCAACCUCUUGCUGCUUCCUGUUUGUUGAUUAGGCCCCAAAUUACAGUAUACACACACACACACACACACACACACACACACGCACGCUGAGCUCCAUCUUCAGGUGAGAGAUUGGCUCAGCUCUAGAGCCUUGACCUGCAAAGGGCUAGAAGCAGUGUGACAGGCGCAUCCAGGCCCUUGAGAGACGUGCCAUCUCUGGACCCUCUGACUAGAGGGACUACCCUAGGAAGCUGUUGUAGCUGCAGCCAGGAAGUAAAGCUUCUCAACUUUCAUGACAGCAGAAGAGGAGAUUCACCCUCAUGACCUCCAGCCAUGUCCCUCGCACCCCAUAUUCAAGAACCAGACAUCAGGAAGUCUUAGAAGCUGGUUGGGUUCCACAUCAGGGAUAGGGAUAGGAAGAAGAAAUAUAAAC